GAGAGAGAGACACACACACGCCCCCCCCUUCAGACGCCUAUGAGUAUAGUUAUACCACAGUGCAGACAGCAGCACCCUAUUCACUAGCUCACAGCACGAAGGCAUAGCACUCACAGAUAGGCGUGCCUGGGGUGGAGCUACAGCCAAAGGAAGGAGACCUUGUAUAUCUGAGCUUCCUCUUUUCACUGUCACUUUUGUCUGUGAGGGGAGUUCUGGGCUUAAACAUAUAGCCAGUGGGAAUGAGGAAACAAUCGCUAGGCUAUAGCUGUGUACAUUUAGCUGAGACUCAGGCUCAGUGCGAGUAAUGGCAGUGACUAGCCGGACCUCCUCCUCUUACUCUCACCUCUGACACAUUGCUGACUGACCGUACAUUGCUUAGGGUGAGAGAGCUUGAGUGGAAAUCCACUGAAUGACCAUGAGAGAUCCAGCGCGAACGAAGGCUUGAGAAAAGAGGGCGCCGGUAGUGUGGGGUGACUGUCCUGGCACAGUAAGAACAAGAGCUAGAAGGUAUCACUGCAAGUGCCGUUUGUUUAGAAGUUAUGGAAGGAAAGUCACAAGGAGUCAGCAGUUACAUUGAGGGCGAGGAAGUGUGUGGGAACUGUGAGGAUCAAGGGAUACAGAAAUGUCAGGCAGUACAGCCCAACACCGAGGAACUAGACUCUCCCCCUGCAUCGCCAUUACCCCCACCUAUAUUCUUAUACCCCGGUGCCAAGAAGCAAAAUGCCAGAUCUGUCCCUCCUAAAUCCCUCAGGGCAGCAGGGCAUCCACUUCAAGAUUAUUCUCACAAUUCUUCUUCAUCUUCUCUGUCCUCAUCAUCCUCAUGGCAACCCUCCUUCCCUGAUCCCCCUUCACCAGGAUCGGGGGGUCUCUCCCCAUCUUCUUCUCUCCAGCUCAUGAUGAUGAUGAUGAACUACACUGGAGUUGGAGGAAAUCACAACAAUGAAAAAGCCCAGAAAAAUCCCAAUUAUCUCAUGGCCAACGAACGGAUGAAUCUAAUGAACAUGGCAAAGUUGAGUAUAAAGGGCUUAAUAGAAUCUGCUCUUAAUUUGGGCAGAACUCUGGACUCAGACUAUGCACCUUUGCAGCAAUUCUUUGUGGUGAUGGAGCACUGCUUAAAACAUGGGCUUAAAGCCAAGAAGACCUUCCUGGGCCAGAAUAAAUCAUUUUGGGGACCUCUGGAGUUAGUAGAAAAGCUUGUUCCAGAAGCAUCAGAAAUCACAGCAAGUGUAAAAGAUCUUCCAGGGCUCAGAACACCUAUAGGAAGAGGUCGGGCCUGGCUUCGUCUGGCACUAAUGCAGAAGAAACUUUCAGAAUACAUGAAAGCUCUUAUUAACAGAAAGGAUCUCCUUAGUGAAUUUUAUGAACCCAAUGCACUAAUGAUGGAAGAAGAAGGUGCUAUCAUUUCUGGACUUCUCGUUGGGCUCAAUGUGAUUGAUGCUAAUUUCUGUAUGAAAGGGGAAGACCUAGAUUCGCAGGUUGGAGUUAUCGAUUUUUCAAUGUAUCUAAAAGAGGGCUCAAUAGCCAAAUGCAGUGAAGGAGAUGGGCAAAUAACUGCCAUUCUUGACCAGAAGAACUAUGUUGAAGAACUCAACAGGCAGCUAAGUGCCACAGUGAAUAAUUUGCAAGCAAAAGUCGAUGCAUUAGAGAAGUCCAAUACCAAACUUACUGAAGAGCUUGCAGUUGCAAACAACAGGAUCAUAACUAUGCAAGAGGAAAUGGAAAGAAUUAAAGAGGAAACUUCAUAUUACUCUGAGACAAGUAAAAAGGUAAAUAAGCAAGAUCGGACGGCAGAUGGACAAGCACUCAGUGAGGCGAAAAAACAAUUGAAAGAGGAGACUCAGUUACGAUUGGAUGUAGAAAAGGAACUUGAGGUGCAAAUAGGAAUGAGGCAGGAGAUGGAUCUGGCUAUGAAGAUGUUGGACAAAGAUGUUUGUGAAAAGCAAGAUACGCUGGCAGCUCUCAGACAGCAGCUUGAUGAUCUCAGGGCCUUAAAACAUGAAUUGUCAUUUAAACUGCAGGGUUCAGACCUUGCAUUAAAGCAAAAGAGUGAAUUAAACAGUCGAUUGGAGGAAAAGACCAAUCAGAUGUCUGCUACUGUAAAACAACUGGAACAGAGAUUGCAUGUGUCAGAAAGAGAUCGCCAGUCAGCAGAGGAGGCCAACAAGCUCUUCAAGCAAGAGUUUGGAGACAAGAUAGAGAGUCUACAGCUGGAAGUUGAUCGGCUCAAAAAGCAGCGGUGAAGACAUUUAUUGCGCUAUUUUUAAUGAUGUCCAUGGGGCCCACCUAGUUCUGUGGGCUUUUGCAGGUGGUAAUAUCUUUCAUCUGACCUUUGUGAGGAUCUUUUUGAAAUGCUCUUUGCUAUGACUUUCACUAUUCUACAUUGUAUAAAAAGUAACAGUGAACAUUCUUAUCUCCUUAGAUAUCACAACCUGCAAAUAAUUUUAUAAAAGCUGUAUUUUUGGGUGA